AUGAAUGCUCAUUUAGGUCUUUUAGGAGUCAAUUCUUUCGAGUUAGUGGUCUUUACUUGUUCUGUUUGUGGUGUAUCAUCAACUGAUCAUGCUCAAAUAAAGGAUCAUAUUACGGGUCAUUUGAGAAAACAUGAGGGAGAUGAACAAUCUGCGGUUAUGGCUCAGCGUAUUGUACUAAGCUCAUGUGACAACGAUGAAUUUCAUUGUUCCAGUGAGUCAGAUUAUGAGGAUGACGAAGUGCAGGUUAAUAUAUCUCCAGAGAAAAAAGAACGUUCGAAAAUUCUACUCUCCACUGACAGUAAUGACAAAUCAUGCUCUAGUUUGACGUGUGGUACGCCUUCUGUCACUUCAAGCAACCUUGUUCCUUCAGAUUCUAACCAAACAACUACUAUUUCAUUAAAGUCUCAUCGACAUGUUUCGGGUAAACAACCUCGUGUAGUUUGGCAAGAUUGGUCAAAGCUGAUAACACGAUCUGACAAGAAGUUCAUAUGUCUAGUUUGUAGACGAUUUAUAUACAGUGGUCGUACUGAAGUAGUUUUUCACACAGUUACAAGGCAUUUACUUUCGGUAGCUUAUGCACAUGUUAAUGAUGAACUACGUGCUUUUCUUCCUGAGUUUAUGCGUGCUCGUUCUUGCCCUUGGUCAUUAAGUACACGAGAAGAAUGGGUAUGGACUGUCCCUGAUUUACCAAUCAAAUCCUUACCUCCUAAAUCGCCUACUUCAAUUAGUAAUAGCAAUGAAUCUGAUAACCAUUGUGCUAAUACUUCUGAAUCAUAUACUCCUAUAAUUCUUAAUGAUCUUGUUCCUAAAACAGAACAAACAGAUCACAAUGCAUCACAAACUGUUAGAGCUAGUUCUAUGACUACUACCCCUGCUGUGACUGCUACUGUUAAUAAUUGUAACAAUAAUAACAGCAGUCGAAUAGACAGUAAUGAAUGUGUUUCUAUACCAACAAUUUCACCUUGUUCAUUGACUACUGUAUCCGGAUUCCUCCCAGUUCCAAUUAUGUCUAUUCAUCCUGGUUCUACCCUUAGUUUUACCAGUCCAACACUAGAAUUUACUUCGCAAACCUUACAACCUAGUCAAUCAAUUAUACCUAUUAGCUGUAUACUUACAACUAAUCCAUUAUCUUGA